ACACAGCCAUGUGCUCGUUAGCGUCGGGCGCUGCGGGCGGCCGGGGCGCUAUGGAGGACGAGGACGACCUGCCAGAGCUGUCCGACAGCGGUGACGAGGCCGCCUGGGAGGAUGAGGACGAUGCUGAGCCCCCCCACGACAAGCAGCAGACCCCCUGCCUGUUCUGUGACAGGUUAUUUACAUCUGCUGAAGAAACAUUUUCACACUGUAAAUCUGAGCAUCAAUUUAGUAUUGAUAACAUGGUCCAUAAACAUGGACUUGAAUUUUAUGGAUACAUUAAGCUAAUAAAUUUUAUUAGACUCAAGAAUCCUACAGUUGAGUAUAUGAAUUCCAUAUACAACCCAGUGCCUUGGGAGAAAGAAGAGUAUUUGAAGCCAGUAUUAGAAGAUGACCUAUUACUUCAAUUUGAUGUAGAAGAUCUUUAUGAACCAGUGUCAGUCCCAUUCUCAUACCCCAAUGGACUCAGUGAAAACACAUCUGUUGUUGAAAAAUUGAAACAUAUGGAAGCCAGGGCACUGUCUGCUGAAGCUGCAUUAGCUAGAGCGCGUGAGGAUCUGCAAAGAAUGAAACAAUUUGCUCAGGAUUUUGUGAUGAACGUAGAUGUCAGAACCUGCUCGUCAUCUACUACUGCCAUUGCAGACCUCCAGGAAGAUGAGGAUGGCGUUUAUUUCAGCUCAUACGGGCAUUAUGGGAUACAUGAAGAAAUGCUAAAGGACAAAGUACGAACAGAAAGUUACCGAGAUUUUAUAUAUCAAAAUCCACAUAUCUUCAAAGACAAGGUGGUUUUGGAUGUUGGUUGUGGAACUGGAAUUCUCUCUAUGUUUGCAGCUAAAGCUGGGGCAAAGAAAGUUCUUGGAGUUGAUCAGUCUGAAAUACUUUACCAGGCAAUGGAUAUCAUAAGACUAAAUAAACUGGAAGAUACUAUUAUACUAAUUAAAGGAAAGAUUGAAGAAGUUUGCCUUCCUGUAGAAAAAGUGGAUGUUAUUAUAUCUGAGUGGAUGGGCUAUUUUCUUCUUUUUGAGUCUAUGUUAGAUUCUGUCCUUUAUGCAAAGAACAAAUACUUGGCAAAAGGAGGAUCGGUCUACCCUGAUAUUUGCACUAUCAGCCUUGUGGCAGUAAGUGAUAUGAAUAAACAUGCCGAUAGAAUUGCUUUUUGGGAUAAUGUAUAUGGCUUCAACAUGUCCUGUAUGAAGAAAGCAGUUAUUCCAGAAGCUGUUGUGGAAGUUUUAGAUCCAGACACUCUUAUUUCAGAUGCUUGUAGUAUUAAGCAAAUAGAUUGCCAUACAACAUCUGUCUCAGCUUUGGAGUUUUCUUCAGAUUUUACCCUGCAAAUUACAAAGACAUCCAUAUGCACGGCAAUUGCUGGCUACUUUGAUAUAUAUUUUGAGAAAAAUUGUCACAGCAGGGUCGUGUUCUCCACGGGCCCCCAGAGUGCCAGAACACACUGGAAACAAACAAUAUUUCUAUUGGAAAAGCCAUUUUCCGUUAAAGCAGGUGAAGCCUUGAAAGGAAGGAUCACAGUCCACAAGAAUAAGAAGGAUCCACGUUCUCUCAUUGUGACCCUCACAUUGAAUAAUUCAACUCAAACUUACGGUCUCCAGUGAAAAGGCUAUGAAAGCACAACUAACUUGCAGUUUUUAGUAUAGGGGUGGGUUAUGGGUAGGAGUGGAAAGAGGGGGUUUUAUGUGAGCAUGUUGCUGAUGGAUCUUUCCUAAUGAGUCUACUGAAGAUGAGAGACAUGUGGUUGGAAUCUCAUAUAAUUCAGCUAAGGAAGGGAACAUCAGUUCCUAGUGGACCACCUAUAUUAUUAUCACAGUCUUGGAAGUCUGUUCAGCAAGAUUUUACGAAUGUAACCAUUACACUGAGUUUAGCUAUACUGAAAAUAUUUAAAUAGGCCUAAAUUUGAAAAGAAGUAGUCUUUUGUUGUUUUUAAUGUUUCUUACUAUAAAUUUUAAACACUAGUAACUGAUUAGUUAUUUGGGUAAUGUUUUAUUAAACUAGUAACUAUAUACAAACUAUUGUACAUUUUAUUGCAGAUUUCUACUCUGAGGAGUAGUUUUUAAUUGUAUUAUUUGGUAGAAUAUUAGAGUAUAAAUAAAGAGCAAGUGGGAGGGACUAAAAUAUGGAAAAGAACAUCACACAAAUCAUAUUUGAAAGACAGCUUAGUUGAUUACCCUCUAGUUCUGAACUUCUCAUCUUUGCAGAUGUUAUUUCGCCAGUUUUCUAGUACUGCCCAGGAAAUCUAAUUUCAAUGUGUUUAUCCUAGGUUUCAUACAAGUCUUUAAAGGUCGGGAAAAAUAAGUACUUAUUUUAAAAAUAAGUACUAAUAUAUCUUUUUCAAACGAGAUUUACAUGCAAAGUUAAACAUGUAACUGUUAAUCUACUUACAGUUGUGUUGUUUACAGUUAUUGACUCAAUUUGAAAGGCAGAAUAGAAAACAUUCAAUAAAAUGUGUACAACAACCAUUAACAUUAUAAAAUGUUUUAACAUACUAAAGCCUUUUAUAAGAUCAGAAGUAUUUAAAAAAGUCUUAUCAAAGGAAUCAUCUUUAAGAAAAUGGGGAUUUAAGGACAGCUGGCUCAUACACUUUUUUCAGUUUGACAGCUGGUUCUUUUUCAAAAUAAGACCUACACAAGGCAGCAUGGCGUGGUGUUGAGCCGCAUGAGUUCUGGGGUCGGUGCCUAGGUGUAGGCUCUUACUGGAUCGUAGUCCUGUUCCUUCACCUCUCUCUCCCUUUAUGAAUACACCAGUUCAUGAGUUAAUACAUUCCAGCUACUUCAAUCAGUGCCUGACACAUAGAAGACAUCCAUUAAAUGCUACGUGAUAGUAUCAUUAGUCAGUCAAGGAUCCCUUCCACAGUGUAUGUGCUGUCUACAUUAGAUUCAUUUGGGAAUUGUUCCCUCAUCAAAUAGUGCCCUUAAGUACAUGAAUGGGUGGGAAUAUUUUGACAGAAAUUAAUAUAGCAAAAUUCUUUUAAAAAUUGUCUUUUGGUCUUAGGGAACUGGACUACUAGUAAUGGCAAAAUUAACCCCUUCAAAUGAUGUAUUUCAGAUCAUAGUCUUUUAAGUCUUGGCUUCUUCUAUAAGCGUAAUUUCUGUUUUCACGGGGUUAAACCGGCCAGCUUGUUUUUGAAUUUAGAACAUUAUUAGAAAUGUGUGGUGCUGAUAAUUUAGCUCAAAGUACUUUAAAUUUUGUCUGGAAAGACUUCAGGUACAAAUUUGGGUAUAGUAGAGUGAUAAAAAUAAGGAAGCCCUGUAAAAAGAUUUAAUGGAUUUUU